ACAACACUCUGAGAAGACGUCCGCUCUGUUGCAUUGGAAUACUUCAAGUAAACAUUCUGUCUAAUUGCCAAUAGUCGGGGUAGCUCUCAAGUGCGCAACCAUGUCGCUAAUGGCCAACGAUCCUGGCGAGCUCUCUCUGAGCAAGCUCCUCUCAACUCUCACCCAUACAGCCCAUCCAACCACUUACGUCUUCGCCACGUUCACCGACACCUCCAAUCUACCACCCCUGUCCGAAACGCAGAUGAUCUUCAAGGAGUCCGAGGGAGUCACUGUUAUUGUCAGCAAGGACUACGCAGAGUCACACAAGAUCGAUUACUUCUUCCCAUGCAAAAUGAUCAGUCUCAACGUCACCUCGAGCUUGGAAGCUGUCGGAUUCAUGGCGGUUAUCGCGACGAGACUGGCAGCCAAGGGCAUUGGUUGUAACCCUGUUAGUGGUUUCUAUCAUGAUCAUAUCUUUGUGCCUCUUGGUCGGGAGGAGGAGUCAUCGGAAGUGUUGGUGCGAUUAGCGGCGGAGAAGAGGGAGGAGACCGAGAAGGCAUAAGAACAAGAGCCAUGGAGGAACAAUUAUCAGUCUUGGGGGAUCCUUCGAUGUACAAGGAUAAGAUCAUGGAAGUUUAUCUAUGUCCAGUAAGAUACUGCUUCCCAGCAGCCAGAGCUAAAUUACCGAGACAUCACUUCAAAAGCCACUUGAUGCUUUCAACAAGAUCUACAGCUGCUUUCUUUCCUUGACUUAAAUGCGCGAAGGCACCCCAAAAGAUAUGAGGCAUGCCAGGAUAAAUAUCCAAC